AUGCUGCAGGACUGGAUUUCGUGUAGUCCCGUUCUGAAACUAAGUGACCAGGAUCUAGUUGUGGUGGAUUACUACUCGUACGUAGGCAGUUGCGUGACCAAUGACGGUAGCGCAGCAAAAGAGAUAACCGCCCGCAUUUCCAAGGCUCGAGCAGCGUACGCAGAACUGAAACACUUUUGGCGUAGACGCGAUGUUUCACUGAAAUUGAAAGGUCGUGUAUAUUGUGCCACCGUUCGUGCAGUUCUGCUUUAUGGUUGUGAGACCUUGAGUUUGCGAUUAGACAAUAUCCGUCGACUAGAAGUUUUUGAUUAUCGAUGUUUACGCAGUUCAGCCCACGUUGGAUGA